AUGCCAUCGGUCGACAGACUAAGCGUCUUGCCGGAUAACAUCAUCAGUCACAUUCUCUCGUUUCUUCCUAUCAAGAUCUCCGUAUCGACCAGUAUCCUCGCUAGAAGAUGGAGGUUCGUGUGGGUCCACUUCCCGAAUCUUGAUUUCGACAACAUAUAUUGUAAGUAUGGGACGGGAUUGUCGGACAUCAUUGACACGGUUAUGUCUAAUCCUAGACUGCAGAGCAUAAACACUUUCCGCCUCAGAUGCAGACAUUCUCGUUUAAAGGAGAACAAAGUCGAGAAGUGGUUGGCCGGGCACAGUAUCAAUAUUCUCAUUAUCUCCCCCAAUCUUAUGAGGGUUUUGCCUCGAGCCAUCUUCACGUGCAAAACCCUUGUUGAGUUGAGGCUCACAUCUGGUGUCUUGCCAAGUUUUAGCGGUGAGGACAUAUCUUUCCCUCGCCUCAAGAAGCUUCAUCUCAUGGUUGUUCAAUUUGAAACUGAUGAAAACCUCCCUAAAUUGCUUUGUUACUGCCCGGUGCUUGAUCAUUUGUCCAUUGAUGGAUGCUUGGCUGGCAAUUAUUAUAUCUCUUCACCCACAAUAAAAAUGCUCAAGUUCUCUCCUCGGAGUUCAGCUUCUUCCAAUCAUGAGGUGGGGAUAGAUGCUCCCGCACUUGAAUAUCUACAGCUAUGGGUUUGCACGACCUCACAUGUCUCAACUUGUGCACUAACUUCCUUAGUUGAGGCAGACAUUGCCAUUUAUCAUCCAUCUUGUCAUGAGGAUGAGACCUAUCGUCUUUCAGUGUUGGAUUUUGUCAAUCGCCUCUGCAAAGUGAAGAGGCUAAAACUGUCAAUUAAUGUGCCGUUGCCUUGUAGGAUAAGAUCAAUCUCAAGGUUUGAUAAUUGUACCCGGCUUGGGUUGAACGAUCCGCGUCUUCUCAUGAAAAUCUUGGAGAGGGCUGACAAUCUUGAAGUUCUAGUCCUCUUUAGGGGUUAUUCAUAUCACGGAUUCUGGGAGGAGCCCGAACAAGUGCCAAGAUGCCUGUUAUCUCGUCUAGCAAUGGUAAGAAUUGAUGAAUUUGAUUGCAGGGAGUCCGAGUUUAGCACGGUGAGGUAUUUUUUAAAGAAUGCCGAAGUGUUGAAAAGGAUGGAAGUACACACGACCAAGUACAUUGAUUUAGACUUGGCGAUGAAGCUCAAUGCGCUCCAAAAGAUUGCGCUGUUUAAACGAGGAUCAAAGGAAUGUGAGCUUGCCUUGUCAUGA